ACACUAAACCACCAAGUAAAGAAGCCAUAUUCGGUAAUUCUGAUCCUCCAGCGCGACACCUAAAAUAUGUUAUAUGUUUAGCUUCUUCAGUAGCUUCCUCAGAGUCUCCUUCAAUGAAAAAAGUGGCCGAAUAUAAAAAUAAUAUUUUGAAUUAUCUUUAA